UUCAGUUAGUGUUGGAGGUCACCCAACUGUACCAAGUGGGCACGGUGGGGGGACAUAAACACAGGUGUACAUGUGAUCCUAAAGCUCCAAGCCAAGCCGCGGGAACCGCCUCUGAGAGGAGACUGCAGUAUUACACGAAGAAGGUCAUACAAGCGCGGAGGAUCAGCCAGGAAAGGGAGGAGCCAGUCAGGAGCGGAGGGGCGCCCCCUGUUGCUGACUGGAACCGACAGAUUCUCAAGUAUUGCUUCCCUCUAGUGGUGUCUGGCGGCUCUGCAACUCGAACCACGUGAUUUCUGGGAAAGGGACCUCGCGGGAGGAGAACUGAAACUUAGGGCGGGGACUGUUGAAAGGGGUGGAGAGACCGUGCAGCCGCCUAGCCCGGAGCUGAGGUGGAUUGAGCCUUCCAGCAGCCGGGACAGCAGCUAAGGAUGGCAUCAGGCAGGGUUCGCCGCACUCGAAAGCUCCGAAAUUGGGUAGUGGAACAAGUGGAGAGUGGGCAGUUCCCAGGGGUGUGCUGGGAUGAUGAGCCAGCUAAGACCAUGUUCCGGAUUCCCUGGAAGCACGCAGGCAAGCAGGACUUCCGGGAGGACCAGGAUGCCCUCUUCUUCAAGGCCUGGGCAAUAUUUAAGGGAAAGUACAAGGAUGGGAACACAGAAGGCCCUGCUGUUUGGAAGACUCGUCUACGCUGUGCCCUCAACAAGAGUACAGAAUUUGAAGAGGUUCCUGAGAGAGGCCGAAUGGAUAUUGCUGAGCCCUACAAGGUAUACCGGCUGUUGCCUCCGGAAACCCUGCCUGACUGCACAGCCCAGCCUGGGACCCAGAAAGCCUCAAAGAGACACCACAGUUCUGUAUCCCCUGAGAGGGAGGAGAAGGAGACUUUGAAGAGCUGCACACUCAGUCCUUCCCGCCUUCAGGACCCCUUCAGUAAUGAGGUGGUGAGAGCUGCUAGGGGAGCAGGCCAUCCAGACAGUGGGAGCAGCGGGAGCAGUGGGAGCAGCAGCCCCGAACCUCAGGAAGGUACAGACAGCACUGACAGCACUGAGGUCACCACUCCUGAGGAUCCGUUCCCCGCAGAUUUGGACUUAGACUUCUCGCUGCUGCUCACCUUCAUCUAUAGUGGGCGUGUGGUGAGCGAGCACCAAGUGCACAGCCUGGACUGUCGCCUUGUGGCUGAGGCCUCAGAGUCUGAGAGCAGCAUAAAGCAAGUGAUGUUUCCCAAGCCUGACCCAGGAGAUCCCAGCCAGCGUCUGCUCAGCCAGCUUGAAAAAGGCAUCCUGGUGGCCAGCAACUCCCGAGGCCUCUUUGUGCAGUGCCUCUGUCCCAUCCCCAUCUACUGGACCGCACCUCAGGACCCCCCUGGGCCAGGCCCACAUCUGCUGCCCAGCAACAAGUGCGUGGAGCUGUUCAAAACCGCCUGCUUUUACAGAGACUUUGGCAGGUACUCCCAGGGCCUGGGCCCUCAACCUAAGUCCCAGGUGACACUGCAUUUCUGGGAAGAGAGCCCUGGCCCCAGCCAUACACUGCAGACCCCAAUCACAGUGCAAAUGGAGCAAGCCUUUGCACGGCAUUUACUGAAAAGAUCUGAGUUGCACGCAGCCUUUCAGUUCCUGAUGCAGAGCCGGGGGAUAUACCUGCCACUUCACCUCUCUGUUCCUCCUGUUUCCUUUGGUAAGGACUCAGGCUCCACACUGUUGAUCUGCCACUGUUUAUCUGCCUUUGUGUUGACUCUGGUGUGAUCAGUCUUGAAGUCCUACAUGCCCUGACUGCUGGUGAACACUUUAUCCUUUGAAAAAAGUUUUUGAGAUAUACCCUCUUUUAUAUCUGUGGAACUGGGAAACUUCCAAAUAGUAUUAACUCAGGAGCCCUUUCCUUCUUCCCCAAGCCUUAACUCUAAAGCUAAGCACUUUAUAUUUUCUUCCUGGGUCUUCUUAAAGGAUCUAAAAUAAAAUGUUAUUCAAAGAGGAA